AUGAACAGCACUAUUCCAACGCCUCCGUGCAUACCUGAGAUCGAGCUCGACGGCGUAACUCCGUAUGGGUACAAUAAGAAAAAUACUCCUUUCACCGUGAAGAUCACAAGUUGCUCUAAAUUCCAAGUCAAUCAGACAACAGCCUUUGCAAAUUUCAAGGCUAUCUCGGGUAUGACCGUGAGUGCGGACAGUAUCUCAUUUACUGGGUUCCCAGACGACUAUUGUCUCCUAUCGAUGUUCGCCCUUGACACAAACGGGUACCCGAUCAUCCAAUCUUGGGAGUUGCAUUUUGGAAGCGUAGAUAUGCCAGUUCUCAUUCUCAACCCGGACGAUACCCCUGCGCAAGGAGUUCAUGUGGAAGCCAAUGCUACUAUCUAUCCAGGAUUGACCAGUACUUGCACGACCGAUGCAGCGGGCAAAUGCACCAUUGGGAAUCUUCCAGGCACCACUAUUAGUCUCGUCGCACGAAAAGACGAUGGUUCCAUCGCCGUCAACGGCCUCGCACCAACUACUGUUCAAGUGAGGCUGAAGCUCCUGCCAUUCGUUAGUCCAAAGCCGGGUUCCAGUUUCGAGACUGGAAACGGUACGGCGGGAUGGACUGGAGGCGAAUUGAGACAGUCUUUGAAGAUCAAGCGCGAUACUACUCUAGUUGUAAACACGAACCGCCAGUACACACUUCAGACCGCGAGUAACAGUUUCCCUGCAAGUGGGAGUAUUAAAAAGGCAUACAUCAAAUAUCGUUUCAUUACGUCUGAGGUUCCUGGUGGUUAUUUUGCAACUCAAUUCAACGACUACUUUUCCAUAACUAUCCGCUCUGACACCGGCGCCUAG